CCUCCCCGGGACCUUGCUUGGGCCCCAUUCCGUCCUCGACUCCGCCAUGCUCCGCCUGGCCAGGGGCCGGGUGAGCGCUUUGGCCGGGAGCCCGGAGGGCGGGAAGCAGCCGGCGGGAGCCGAGGCUGGGCCACCUCGAGUGCUGCUCCCAUCCGCGCUGCCCGUGCCCGCCGUCGAGCGCAUCCUGCAGCGGGGGAUAUUUGAGAUCGACGGGAGAAGCUGCGAUGUGGUCCUAAGCGACAGCGCCCUGCGGUGGAGGCCCAUCCAGCCCGAGCGCCCCGCUGCCCCCGCGGCCGGUAAUUCCAAAUGUGGCUCAUUGAAUAAAGAAGAAUUUAUUGAGCUCAAAGACUUAUUCUCUGUGAAAUUGAAAAGGCGUCGAUCUUCCAAACAGGAGAAAGGUGGUACUUUGUUGGGUAUCACACUUUUUGUGUGUAUGACAAAGGAACAAAAUAAGCUAAAGGAUUAUACUAUUAAUCUUAAUAACUUAAGUGAAGACCAUUGUACCUCAUGGGUUAGAGAUUUGAAGAAAAUUUUAACUGAAUUUCCACACCGGCCCAAGUCCUUAAAAGUACUUAUUAACCCACAAAGUCACAAAAAAGAAGCUACCCAUGUCUAUUAUGAACAUGUCGAACCUCUUUUGAAGCUUGCAGAUAUAAAGACUGAUGUAACAAUAACAGAAUAUGAAGGCCAUGCUCUAUCACUGCUAAAGGAAUGCCAACUUCAAGAAUUUGAUGGGGUUAUAUGUGUCGGUGGUGAUGGAUCUGCCAGUGAAGUGGCUCAUGGUUUACUUCUUAGAGCCCAGAUGGAUGCUGGGAUAGACACAAAUUACAUCCUGACACCUGUCAGAACAUCACUUCCUCUUGGGAUAAUACCAGCAGGUUCUACUAAUGUACUGGCACAUUCACUUUAUGGAAUCACUCACAUAGUGACUGCAACAUUACAUAUCAUAAUGGGACAUAUGCAACCAGUAGAUGUCUGUACAUUCAGUAGCACUGGAAAGUUUCUUCGCUUUGGAUUCUCAGCUAUGUUUGGCUUUGGUGGAAAGACAUUGGCUUUGGCAGAAAAACAUCGUUGGAUGCCACCUAAUCAAAGGAAAGACUUUGCUAUAAUUAAGACACUGGCAAGCCUCAAACCUGAGGACUGUGAAAUAUCAUUUUUACCUGAAAAAGCCUCACAGGACUUCCAGGAAGCCAGUGGAAAUGAACACAGAAGGACAGAAUCUGAUUGUAACAAUCAGUGGAAGAAGAUUCAGGGUCAUUUCCUGAACAUCAAUGUCAUGGCAAUCCCUUGCAGUUGUUCAAUGGCACCAGGAGGCUUGGCUCCUAAUACCAGAUUCAGUAAUGGAAGUAUGGCUCUUAUUAUUGCACGAAACACUUCUCGGUCAGAAUUUGUAAAACAUCUGAAAAGACAAACCAGUUUAAAAAACCAGUUUAAUUUUCCAUUUGUUGAGACCUACACUGUCACAGAAGUAAAAAUCCAGCCAAGAAAUAACUGUGGAGAUGAGAUAGGAGAUGUUGAAUUUCAUGGAACAUCUAGCGAAAAUAAUUACCCUUGGAAUGUUGAUGGAGAUUUAAUGGAAGUGGCAUCAGAGGUCCAUAUUAAGCUGCAUCCACAACUUAUCAAGCUUUAUGGAGGACACCUAAAAGAAAUGAAUGACUACAAGUAAUAUUAAAUUAUUUACAGAAGAAAUGUAUAAAGUUGGGAUAUUUACAACCCAAAUAAUUUAAAAACCAAAAUGGCUAUUUUUAUGUUAUAGCAAAUCAUAAUUUUAGCUUUUUAAAAAUCUAGAAAUAUUAAAUGGGAUGUUAAAUCAUUUUAGUAAAAAAUAUAUUUAUUGAAACUGUAGAUCAAGAUUUUGAGUUUUUUUAAAUUUAACCAUUCAUAGAGUAUAGCACCUAAAUCACUACAGUUGUUUUAACCUAGAUUAUUAAAGCUGAAACUAAUAUUUUAUAUUUUUAGAAAUGAAUAAGCUGAUUUUGACAUUUUUCUAACAUUUUGUUUCUCAUAGUUUAUACAUGUAAUCUUUUACAAAUAACAUUGCUAAUUCUAGACCCCAUCUCGUCUCCCCAAAAUUCUAUCAUUAUUCAAAUUAACUAUGAAAAUUAGUAAAUAUUUUCUGAAAGUAAGGGACUCAUUUGUCUAAUUUUUAAAAUGUUUUUAAUUCAUAAAGCUAUAUAAAAUUAUUACAUACUCCAUUGAAAAAUAGAUACUCAUAAAAAUGUAUACUCAUUUAACCCUUUAAAAUGCUUCUUCCUCAUAGUUUUGAGUAAAUUUUAAAAGUUUAUAUCUUCUCAUAUGUGGGAAACAGGAUUUUAGAAAUUACUGCACUUUGGUACAUAACUAUAUCAAAUGCCUUACACUCAGCACUAAAUAUUAAUUUCCAAAUAGGAAGGAGACCAAAUGAAAGUUCUUCAUAUAUAUGUGAGUAUACACACAU